UUAUUAAGUUGUGCAAAGCAGAUUACAGCCGCCGCCAGAGUCUCUGCAGAGCUAGCUGGGCUUGGCUUGGAUGGAGUGGGAUUGGAUGGGGAGGGGUCUCAGCUGCUGAGAUUUAGCCCCACGCUAGGAAUGGGUGGUUUGAGCAGCCCUGUUCCAGAGAGCAUCAGCCGGCAGAUUCCCUCCACUGAAGGCAGAGCGGAAUUGGAGCAAAGUUCUUCUUGGGCGACCAGUCAGGAGGAGGGGAGCGUGUUGGCACUUCUGAACACCCAUUUCCACCAUUGAGGCUCUGGCGUGGGAGGUGAUGUUUGCAGCUGGAGAAAAGCAUUUUUGCCCACGUCCCACCCCCAGGAACGAAACGGCAGCUUUCCUAGAUCCCCAGCGUGGAAUCGGUGCUGACGGCAAGGCCUUUCAAACAAAAUCAGCAAGAUUGGCUGGAUUGUGAAGGCUGCUUUUGGAGCUGUUCAUUUUAGACUUGGGAGAAUUGGAGAGCCGGGGGAGCCUACUCAAAGCAGCGUGUUUUGCUAACUGGAUGGAGACUGGGAAAGGGCAUUUGCCCAAGAAACGUCCCAUGAAGCAACGCUGCCAGCUGGAGUCCAGGCAGGAGACAAAGCUGCUACCUUUCCCUGGGUUCUUGGUUCUGCUCCUGCUGCUGCUGCUUCUGGCUUUGCCAUCCUUUGCCCAUCCCGGGCCCACACCCACUGAUGAGAGCGGAGAAAUUGUGGAGUGGCUGACCCAGUAUGGAUACCUUCCUCCAGCGGAUCCCGUAACAGGCCAGUUGCAGACUUGGGAGGCAGUAACCAGUGCCAUUCGUGUAAUGCAACGUUUUGCAGGCAUUGCGGAGACUGGGAUUCCAGAUGAUGCCACGUUGGCUCUGAUCCGAAUGCCCCGCUGUUCGCUUCCCGACGUUAUCAGCACCUUCCCAGAAAAGCUUCCUCUGCGGAGGAGCAGGAGCAGGAAAAGGCGGAAGAGAAGGAAGAGUCGGAGCAAGCGGAGCGCAGGCUCGGUUUGGACGAAGCGGAACAUUUCCUGGAGAGUGAAGACCUACCCACGGGAAGCCCGCCUCAGCCGAGAGACCAUGCGAGUAUUGAUGUAUUAUGCCUUGAAGGUAUGGAGUGAAGCUACACCCUUGAACUUUCAUGAGGUGGGCAGCCACACGGCUGACAUCUCUGUGGAGUUCCUCCGCCUGGACCACCGCGAUGGCUACCCUUUCGAUGGGCCGGGUGGAAUGGUCGCUCAUGCCUUCUUUCCUGGAGACCCUCAGAGGGCUGGCAACGUCCACUUUGAUGGCGACGAGGAAUGGACGUUCCGUUCACCAGAUGAUUUUGGCACUGACCUAUUUGCUGUGGCAGUUCACGAGUUUGGCCAUAGCCUCGGGCUGGCACAUUCACCCUCCAAGCAUUCGAUCAUGCGCCCCUACUACCAGGGACCAGUGGGAGACCCACUGCAAUACCAGCUGCAAGCGGAUGACCGGACUGAGAUACAGAAGCUUUAUGGAAGUCGAGUUCUUCAUUCUACGGAGAAGCCAGAGGUAACCUCGCUGCUCCCAGAUCUUCUCUCCUUGCCGCACGACUUCCCUGCCCUCAGGUCUGGGAAGGAAUUCCCCGAUCGCUGCGCCUCCAACAUUGACGCUGUCACUCAGAUCAGAGGUGAAACGUUCUUUUUCAAAGGUCAGUACUUCUGGCGCCUGACUCAAGGUCGUCACCUCACUUCUCUGCGCCCAGCCUUGAUCAGCGGCUUCUGGCGAGGCCUCCCUUCCACGCUGCGCAAAGUAGACGCCGUUUAUGAGAGACACAUAGAUCAUCGCAUCCUCUUCUUCAGCGGACCUCUGUACUGGGUAUUUAAGGACAACGGUGUGGAAGAGGGCUACCCCCGCCCUGUCACAGACUUUGGGCUGCCCCAGGGGGGCAUCGAUGGUGCUUUCUCGUGGCCUGUUGACAGGAAAACCUAUUUCUUCAAGGGAGAUCUGCACUGGUGCUAUGAUGAAGCCACAGCGCACAUGGAAGAAGAAUUCCCCGUCCACAGAGAACCCUGGGAACACUUCCCCGCCUCCGUAGAUGCUGUGCUGAGUGAGAACGACGGAACACUGUAUGCCUUUAAGGGCAGGGAGUACUGGAAGUUUGAGCCACACAACCUCAAGCCCCAGACUGGCUACCCUCGAUCCAUAGCUAAGGACUGGCUGGAUUGCACAGGAGAACUGUACCCUCCCCGGAGCCUGCCUACCAGCCCUGCGUCAGGAGCCGAACACCGGCCGGAUUUGCGGGGCCCGCAGCUCGAGGUGGAACGAUGUGUGUGCUUUUGCUCUGCCUUUCGCGUGAUGUCGUGGGGCUUGCUGAGCUGCCUGCUGGCGGCUCUCCUGGCACUGCAAGGAUUUGCCUAGGAAGGACACAGAACCUUGCCUGGCCAUCACUUUGCUCCACAAGGAUCCUCGGCAGCACCAACCCCAAUUGCCACAUUGCACGUCCGUGGGAGGGAAGGAAAAGAAUAUGAAGAAAGAGAGGAAAGGGAGAGACAUCCCCAGCGAAGCACGAUGCGGGGAAGCAACUUGGAUGCAAGGAUGAGAUCGCAGUCCUUCAGUGAUAGGGGCAGUGGCUCUGCCUAUGGUUAAAGGAAAUUCUUCAAACAGGAAUCCUUUGGUGCAAAUGCAACAGGAAAGGGGACACAGUGCCAAAGGUUUUUCAGGAUCCAGGAGUGUCCUAUGUGGAACGCCUGCAGUGUUGACAUCUGUCUGUCUCGAGAGACAGCGGAGUGAGCUUCCAGGGUGAAGUCAAACCUCUAUGUUAGCAGCACCAAAGUGACCUCCCCAGGGCACAAGUCAGGGCAGUAUGUAUGGAGGUCCUGGGCUGUCCCAGAUGAGAAGGCCCCACCCCAGCCUAGCUGAUGUGGUCCAAAGGAAAGCAGAGCAAUAUGUUAGGCACCAGUUUGGCUGCGGGAGUUGCCGAAAGGAGGCAUGCAAGGCGCCAGGCAGCCAUCUUUGGGACUCCGCUCUGUAUUUGUGUAGGGUUUACUCUUGAGCCUUUUUUCCCCUCCCAAAGAUGCCCCCCAAGGCAGUGGAGGUUUAGGACCAGAGUUCUCCUAGAUGGGCUACCUUCCCAGGUUGACCCCUAUAGACUGUCAAUAUUUUGCUGGGGACGGGGAUUCAAGAGCAUAACUGGGAAAUUUAAGUUUGCUCAAAUAAACUGGAUUAAAGUUU